CCCUCUUAAAUAACACGUAAGUCACGAUUGAACUGUCCCAGUUAGUAACAGUCGGGGUUAGUAGGACAUGGUGGAUCAUACUGAGAUUUAAUAAUAUUGUUUUGAAUACAAAAUAUUAUUUACACAUUUUGUUUUAAAAGUAGAUCAAUGUUGUGAGAUACUGUAGGUAGACCGGUAGGCGUUAGUCACAUUGUGAACUGCUGAAAGUGGAACUGUGACUGAUAGUGACUAGCCUAUAUAUAUAUAUUAUAUUGCAUAAGGAUUCACAAGCAAUCAAGUUAUUCAAAUAAAAAUGUCAACUGCAGUAGUUAUAGGCGGGGGUAUCAGCGGAUUAUCGGCAGCGUAUUAUCUUCAGAAACAUGCUGGUGAAAAAAUUGGCAAGAUAAUUCUCUUGGAAUCAAGCAAGAGAGUAGGAGGAUGGAUGAAUUCAACAAGACAUGCUGAUGGUGCAAUAUAUGAGAGUGGACCUAGAAGCUUGAGAAUUGUAGGAAAGCCAGGAAGAAAUGCAUUGAAUCUCAUUGAAGAUUUAAAUCUAGAAAAUGAAAUCCUUCCAUUAACCUCUAAUAAUGCAGCUGCCAAAAAUCGUUAUUUAUACGUUAAUGGAGCACUCUGUGCCUUACCAAAUAAUUAUAUGGGCUUUUUACGAAGACAAGACCCAUUUUCGCGAUCACUGCUUUGGCAGUUUGCAGGUGAAAUUUUCAAAACACGGUCUGACCUCGAAGAUGAUUCAAUUUACAAUUUUUUCUCCCGUCGUGUGAGCAAAGAAUUUGCCGAUAUUGCUGUUGAUUCAAUGUGUCGUGGAAUCUUUGCUGGUAAUUGCCGAAACCUUAGUAUGAAAGCCUGCUUUAAAGACAUAUUUAAUUUGGAGAAAACUCACGGUUCUAUUGUUUUAGGGCUUCUGAGAUACCCAAAAGUACCUGCUGACGAAUUAAAACCAAAAUUAAUACAAAAAGCGAGAUCUGAAAAAUGGGCAUCUUAUUCAUUUAAAUCUGGAUUACAGCAGCUAUCGGAUACGUUAUUGGAUGCUAUCAGUAAUCAUAAAAUGGUGGAUAUUCGACUUAGUUCACCAGUGCAAAAAAUGAACCUGAAAGAUAAUGGUCGUAUUUCAGUUAUCACAGAUGAAGAUGAAAUCCAAGCUGACUAUGUUCUGUCUUCAGUUUAUUCAAAAAACCUUGCCGCAAUGUUGAAUAGUGACAACAAUUAUCUUAAGAGUCAUUUAAAUGCUAUAUCUGCUGUAAGCUGUGCAGUAGUUAAUUUAGAAUAUGAGGGAAAUCUUCUACCAGUACAAGCAUUUGGACAUUUAACACCAUCAUCAGAGAGUGGUCCCAUACUUGGAAUAAUAUAUGAUUCUUGUUUGUUCCCGUCCCAUGAUAGUAACAAGAAUAUACCCACCACACGAUUGACUGUCAUGCUUGGAGGGUCGUGGUCAGAACAACUAAAAACAAACGGAUCGUGGAUGAGUGAAGCUGAUAUAACAAACAUGGCAACAAAAGCAGUUAGAGAUCAUUUAAAAAUCUCAAAUGAACCAAUCAGAUCUAAGAUAUCAUUAUUAGACAACUGUAUUCCGCAGUAUAAAGUGGGCCAUACCAACAUAUUAUCCCGUAUGGACAAAUUUAUCGAGGACAAAAAUCUCCCCCUCUAUUUGAUUGGUUCAUCUUAUCGAGGUGUUAGCGUGAAUGACUGCAUUCUAAAUUCAAAAUUAGCUGUUGAAAAGAUUGUGUAAAGUGUCUUUAUAUUUACUGGGAAUGUUGUUGUUUAUUACAGGUUUAAUGUCCAAUACAUUACAUAUGAUAUUAUUGACAGUUUACCAGGCAUUAUCAAACAGGCUACCUAUUUUAUUGAUACCAAUGCUUUUUUAUUGGUGAAUAUUAAUUAGUGGUUAAUCUUGGCUUUCAAGAUUAAUUAAAUGAUUUUAUGAGUAUUUUAGUCCCAGUUUUGAAGAUUUUCAUUUGAUUCCAAUUAUGAAGCAUAUGGUAUACGGUAUUCACAUGAAAUGCUGAUCUUUCUUGAAAAAUAUUUUGUCAGUAGUGGAGAGGGAGGGGGUCAUAGUAAUCCCCUAACCCAAUAUUCGGAUCAAAUUCAAAAUAGAAUUUUGUAGACUAAUAUUCCAAUUAGUUGUUCCAAGAAUCUCACUAAAAUUAUCAAUACAGUAUACAUAUCCUUCAAAAAAAAAGUCAAAGUUCGUUUUUGUAUAAGGGUGACAUCGAGCACCCCCUAAAUGGUCAUGUAUGUCUACGUUUGUCCGUAUACUCGCUGUAGGCAACAUGAUAGCUUUAGACAACAGUACAUCAUCUUCAUAAUGUGACAACUGUAUUACAACAUUAACAAUACCCAAACUUUUUAAAUCUUCAUAAAAUUCAUUUAUCUAAAAAAAAAUACAUGUGUAUAUAUUUUUCAUGCCAAUGUCCCUCACUCCCCUGAUGCAUUCAAGUUAUUGAACUUGUAUGUCGUAACAUUUUGACAUUUGUGACGAUGACAGCAGAUAAAUCUUGAAAUAAAAAUAUUGUUACCGGUAUAAGAAAAUGUUAUAUUUUUGUUAAAACUUAUAGUAUAUUGUUUUGUAUACAAUAAUAGUGCUAAUUAAUCUUUUACUAUAUUUGUAAUGAAUAGCUUAUAUAAAUAUAUAUUAAAUGUAA